GUAUAUACCAUACAAGUAAUUUAUUAUUAAAACUAAUGUAUGAUAUAUUCAUUAGAUUAUCAGCUACCAAAAGCUAAUUUUAAGGAUACCAAACUUCCUCAACAACCAGUGCAGUAUACUGUAGGAAAGAAGUCAUUUGCUGCAAUAAUAAUUCUACUGGUGAUCAUAAUAUUCCUAUUGGUAGCUAUACUUGUACUUAACUUAAUAUCAAAAGAUACCUUCACAAAUAGUGGUAAUACUGCUAUUAACAGUGGCAUGUCACUGAUACAGGAUACAAUGAAUAGCAUGAUUCAACAGAUUAUGGUACAUGCUAAUAAUACCAACAGGUCUACAGAUGAACUACUUCAAUUACUGAACACUAGUCUUAUUAAAGAUAUCAGUAUACCAACUGCUGCUGCUGUUAAUGAUGUACUACUAAUAGUCAAUGAAUUACUAGAGAUACAGAAUGGAUCAUCUACUCAAACUGUUUCUUGUAAAGAUAUUAAAACAGCUCAUCUUAACAGUCCUUCUGGUUACUAUUAUGUUACCAGUCGCAAUAUAUACUGCAAUAUGGGAGAGCUGUGUGGACAAGAUGGAGGAUGGACAAGGAUAGCUUAUCUUGACAUGACUAUGAACUGUCCUUCUGGACUUCAGGAAUUCAUGACUGGAGGCAUUAGACUUUGUAGGAGAGAGGGCAAUUCUGCUGGCUGUAGGUCUAACAUAUUCCAAACAAAUGGUAUCAGUUAUAGUCAAAUAUGUGGUAAAGUGGUUGGAUAUCAAAAGGGAACACCUGAUGCUGUUUACACUAACAUCAACAAUAUCAAUGAUGCUUAUAUUGAUGGAGUCAGUAUCACACGUGGGUCACCUCGUCAACAUGUCUGGUCUUAUAUAGCUGGUCAUCAGUCAAAUACCAAUACAGGUUCUACCUGUCCUUGUAAUACUGGAGCAACUAGUACAGUUCCAUCAUUUGUAGGAGAGCACUACUAUUGUGAGUCAGGUACAAACAUUGCUCCUUCUCAAGUAGUAUACACUGAUGAUACAUUGUGGGAUGGGAAUAACUGUCCUUCAUUAGAAGCUCCUUGUUGUACUGGUACUGGUCUUCCAUGGUUCUUCAGAGAUUAUGGUAAUGCUACCAUUACUGAUUACAUUGAACUGAGGGUGUGUGGGAAUGAGGUAUGGAACAAUGAAGACACUCCAGUUCAAUUGUAUGAGAUUUAUGUCAAGUAAA